AUGGCAACCAUACUAGAAUCUUUGCUUGGGUCAUGUGCCAAUAAGUUGCAAAAUAUUAUUAGUGAUGAGGCCAUACUAAUCCUAGGGGUGGAAGAAGAGCUUGCAGAAGUGUUGAGACGGGUAGAACUAAUACGUUGUUGUAUAUAUGAUGCUGAGAAAAGGAGGACAAAAGAGCUUGCAGUGAACAAUUGGCUUGGUCAACUGAGAGAUGUUAUAUAUGAUGUUGAUGAAAUUUUGGACAUGGCUAGAUGCAAAGGAAGCAAACUACUGCCUGACCAUCCAUUAUCAUCAAGCAAAUCAGCUUCCUAUAAAGGACUUUCAGUUUCCUCUUGCUUUUGUAACAUCGGGUCACGCCACGAUAUUGCUGUUCGGAUUAGAAGUCUGAACAAAAGGAUAGAGAACAUUUCGAAAGAUACAACAUUUUUAACAUUCAGCAGUAGUUCACAACCUACUGGAAAUGGUCCAACAACCAAAUUGAUAAGAAGUUCCAACCUUGUUGAGCCCAACCUUGUGGGUAAGGAGAUCAUAUAUUCAAGCAAGAAGUUGGUAGACUUAGCACUUGCUCACAAGGCAAAUAAGUCUUAUAAGCUUGCUAUUGUUGGAACAGGAGGAGUUGGUAAGACAACACUAGCUCAGAAAAUAUUCAAUGACCAAAAAAUAAAAGGAAGCUUCAAGCUACAGGCAUGGAUUUGUGUUUCGCGGGACUACAAUGAAAUAACUGUUCUAAAAGAGGUUCUUCGAAAUAUUGGUGUGUAUCAUGAGCAAGGCGAAACCAUAGCAGAACUGCAGAGAAAGCUUGCAGAAACAGUUGAAGGGAAGAGUUUCUUUCUGGUUUUAGAUGACGUGUGGCAUCCCAAUGUCUGGACGGAUUUAUUAAGAACCCCAUUCCAUACAACAAAUUCUGGAGUAAUAUUGGUAACCACGCGAGAUGAUCAAAUUGCAAUGAGAAUAGGCAUACAACAUACCCAUCAAGUUGAUCUCAUGUCAGCAGAGGUGGGAUGGGAGCUACUUUGGAAGAGCAUGAACAUUGCCGAAGAGAAAGAAGUGCAUAAUUUGAGAAACACAGGCAAGGAGAUUGUUGAUAAAUGUGGUCGCCUCCCUCUUGCAAUUAAGGUUACUGCUAGUGCUUUGGCAAGCAAAGAUCUAACCGAGAAUGAGUGGAGAAAGUUUUUAGGCAAAUACUCUGGCUCCCAGGGGAUGCUCUCUGAUGAAAUAGAAGGCACUCUAUACCUAAGCUAUGAUGAGUUACCGCAUCGUCUGAAACAGUGUUUCCUUUACUGUGCUUUGUAUACUGAAGAUUCUAUCAUUUACCGUGGUGUAGUUACAAAGUUAUGGAUUGCUGAAGGCUUCAUUGAGGAGCAACAAGGCCAGCUACUAGAACACACAGCAGAAGAGUACUACUAUGAGCUAAUCCAUCGGAAUCUCCUCCAACCAGAUGGCACAAUUUUUAACCAGGCUCAAUGCAGAAUGCAUGACCUCUUAAGACAGCUUGCUUGCAAAUUAUCACGGGACGAAUGCUUUAUUGGAGACGCUGAAACAUUGAGGGGUGAGAAUAUGUCAAAAUUGCGACGCCUUUCUGUUGUCAAUAAGAAGGAUAAAUUAGUGUUAACUAGCAUGGAUAACAUGGUAGUUAAGGUGAGGACAUUCCUUGCUUUUUAUGGUCCAUGGAAAAUUGAGGAUACAUUCUUCAAGAGAUUUCUACUUCUUCGUGUUCUGGCCCUGAAUUACUCAAUUGUGCAAAACAUUCCAGAUUAUAUAGGAAAAUUGAUCCAUCUACGCCUACUUGAUCUUGGUCAUACGGGCAUAUCUCAUCUUCCAGAAUCCAUUGGAUCCCUAAAGAACCUUCAAGUAUUGAGCUUGAUAAAUUGUUAUGCUCUGCAGAGUCUUCCGUCGGCGAUGACCCAAUUGUGCAAUCUACGAUGUCUUCGUCUUACUGGUACAAAAGUAAAUCAGGUUCCAAAAGGGAUAGGAGAAUUAAAUUUGCUCACUGAAUUACGCGGAUUUCUUGUCGGCAACAUAAGUGAUAAUGCUGAUGUACAAGAUGGGUGGAAGUUGGAAGAGUUGUCUUCUUUGCCGCAAAUGAUGUAUCUUAAUCUUGUUAAAUUGGAAAGAACGGCUCAUUUUCAUACAAAUGUAGUGCUGGAGGACAAAAAACAUCUAAAAGAAUUGGUGCUAGAGUGGACCACACAUGGAGAGGGACCAUAUUCAGAAGAUGUUUGCAAUGCUGAGAAGGUCUUUGAGCUGCUAGUACCUCCAUGCAACUUGGAAACCCUCUAUAUCUUUGGAUUCUUUGGUCAGAGGUAUCCCACGUGGUUUGGUACCACCUGUUUGUCUUCAGUAACACACUUGUUCCUAAAAAAUCUACAAUCAUGCGUGGAUCUUCCACCGGUCGGACAGCUACCAAACUUGAAGUUUCUGAGAAUUGAUGGAGCACAUGUAGUUACCAAGGUUGGACCUGAAUUUGUUGGCUACAGGGUGGGUGAACCCAUAAGCAAUGAGUUCAUUGCUUUCCCUAAACUUGAAUGGUUCUUCGUCAAGGAUAUGCCCAACUGGGAGGAGUGGUCUUUUUUUAAGGAAGUGGAAAAUGUUGUUGAUGAAGGAGGAGACGAUGGUGGUGAUGAGAUUCGUAACGGUGAUGCCCAAUCUAUACGAUUGCAACUGCUGCCUCGUUUGGUGAAGUUGAAAGUCGAAGGUUGCCCAAAGCUGAGUGCUCUCCCGCGACAGCUUGGCGAGGACACCACCAGCUUAAAGGAGCUCUUGUUAAUUGGAGCGAACAGCUUGAAGGCCGUGGAUGACCUCCCAGUGCUUGAGCUCCUUGUGAUUGAGGAUUGUGAAGGCAUGGAGAAGGUCUCCAACCUCCCUGAAGUGUCAAAACUACAAGUACGUGGUUGUCCAAACUUAAGCCAUGUAGAGGGGUUGGGCAAUUUGCAGCAGCUGGGGUUGGGCGAGGAUAUGCAGGAGAUAUCUUCCCGUUGGGUGCCUGGGCUUCAGAACCAGCGCCAGCGACUUCAUGGCGAAGACCUGGAUGUCUACACACUAUCUAUCGGUUAG